GAGGGAGAGGAGAAGGAGACAUCACAUGUCUGUGUGGGAACAGCGGACUAGCCGGCUCCGGCGACAUAGGCAAAUGUCUAGCCAAGAGGGCAUCAACAAGGAUGAACCUCCUCUGCUCAAUCCAAAUGCCAGUAUUUUUCGGAAAAGAAAGUUACUGGAAAACUCCGGCUUGGAAAAGAUUGAGGGUGAUCAAGGGGGUAGACCAGAGCAGACAAACGGAGAAAGUCUGGAGCAAAAACCCCCAGGGUCCAAACCCAGCAUCCGGGAUGACCAGAGAAGUCCAUCUCCUCAGGCCAAGAAGGAAUGGGAAGAAUGGCACCACAAAUCAUUUCAUGGGAAUUGUGAUAUCAAUGAUCAGGAAAGCAAAGGGAGCGUAAGCUUUGAGGACAGAGCUAGGCUCCGGCAGAGUCAAAGGCGCAGCCGACACCGCCGGGUGAGGACUGAACCCAAGGAGAAUAGAACAGUCAGCCAAGAGAAUGGGCCAGAAGGAGUCGCACCAGCGAAAGGAGAGCAGAAUGGGGACCAAAACGAAAAUGGAGAAGAGAAGGAGACCAUUGCUGAAAAGGAACCAGUGGCUGACAUGGAGCUAAAAAGGACCAGUGAAGAAAUAACAAAUAACGCCGAGCUUCCCAUGCCCACCCAAGAUCCAAGUCCUUCAGAAGGUCACCAGAUGUUAGACAAAAGCAAGGAGGCCAGUCCAGUGGAGCAAGAUGGCGGCAGCAGCCUAGAGACAAGCGAGCAAGCGCUUUUGGGUGACCUAUCAAUGGAGACAGAGAGGACUAUCAGCAGGAGUGAACCUGAUCUUUCACUUAUCACUGCCAACAUGGAUAAAGCAACAGAGAGCACGACCAUCAUGAUUGAUGUUCAAGACUCCGCUGUGGUACAGA